ACGGCGUCACUCCUACAAAAGGUGGUAUGAACUGGUCACACCGUACAAAAGACUAACAGAGGGAUGUUCGUCAAAACGUAUAUAUAUAUACCGGCUUACUCUUGAUAAGUGCAUUCGGUAUGUCGCGGAGCUAACAUUUGGCUGUGGGGUUUUGAUCAAGGCAGUCGGAGUUUGGCGUUCAGAGGCAGUGGGGUCGGUGGCAGAGAGUGCUGUGUGUGGGAUUCCCCCAUCAAAGAGCGCAUUGUGUUUAAAGACAUUGAACGGCGGAGCAGAAGAUGAAGCGGAGGACCACCUCGGCCGUGCCCACCGUGUCGGCGCUAGUGGACGGGUCUGGCCCUCCGGGGGCCGCUGCGGAGUCGCGGAGGCCCAAGCGACUCAUCAACAAGGACGGCUCGAGCAACGUGGCCAUCGCCAACGUUCACGCGCACUGCUGGGAGUACUGCCGCGACACGUGGACCUCUCUGCUCGAGAUGGCCUGGGUCUGCAAGCUGCUGCUCUUCCUGUCACUGACGCUGGGCAGCGUCGGCCUCUUUGGCCUCCUGUGGUACGCACUGGCAUUGCACCACGGCGACCUGACACGCACACCCACAGACGCAGAAACCGGCGCCACCGUCCCCUGCGUGGUCAACAUCGUGUCCUUCGGCUCGGCCUUCCUCUUCUCCCUGGAGACCCACGCCACCAUCGGCUUCGGCGUGCGGCGCGUCACCGACGCGUGCCCUGCCGCCGCCCUCCUCCUCACGCUGCAGAUGCUGGUCUCGGCCGCGACGGACGCCCUCGUCGCUGGCGUCGUCCUCGCGCGCCUCGCGCGCCCGUCGAGGCGCGCCGGCACCGUGCGCUUCGCCUCCAACGCGCUCGUCAUGCGGCCGCCGAACUCCGAGCGAGGGGCGAGCGGCGCCCCCCGGCUGCUCGUACGCGUGGCCGACGCGAGGCCCCGCUGCCUCGUCGGGUGCUCCGUGUCGGGGCGGUUCCUGCGCGUGUCGCCGGCGAGCGGGGCCGACGGCGGAUGCGGCGACGGGCGCUUCGUGACCCUCGAGCAGCGCGGCGUCGAGUUCACGGUGGACCGCGGCGGGCGGCAGCCAUUCCUGACGCUGCCUGCCACGCUCACCCACGUGCUCGACGGGCGGAGCCCCCUGCACGGGCUGACGGAGGGCGGCCUCCCCGACGGGCAGCCGUUCGAGAUCAUCGUCGCGCUCACGGGCGUCGCAGACUCCACAGGUGCAGUCUGUCAAGCCCGUACGUCCUACCUGCCCUCAGAGAUUCUGUGGGACCAUACCUUCUCACCCACCAUGUCCCUCCUGGCACAAGGAGGCUUUCAGGUGGACUUGACUCAGUUUGACAAGGUCUUGCCAUUGGAGCCAUUGCCUCAUUUUCAAGUAUAGAGCGUCAGGAUUUGACUCUGCAGAGGCAGAAUGAAGGUAUUAGAGCCUUAGAGAGAGUGGCUAAUGUUCUCGAGAAGGUAAGGUAGGUGAGACCUAGUUGUUUUGGGCACGUGUUUGAGAAAAGAGAUUAAGGUGCAAUGAGAAGGGCUCUGGAGAUGACAUCGGUGCAGGCCAUAAGACAUAAACGGAGACCGAGGGUGAUAUUAUGGGAGGACGCGGUGGAACGAGAGAAUGGAGGUGACAUGAGAAGAGGCGCAGAGUUGAAGCACGUGCAGAAAGAAAAUGUCGCUGCAAUAAUGGGACAUCUGGCUGUAGAUAAAAAAAAAAUAUUGGCUCAGCAGAGAGCCCCUUUCAUAAUUCCAGGGCCUUUCAAAACAAAACAAAAAAUUAGCGUGGCUUCCCACUCAUCUGAUCGUGGUGCAAUGUGCGCCUCCAGUUUCUAGCUGAGCAAAUUCCUAAUUCCUAUGGUGGGCAAAAAGUCUUUCCAUAAGACAAACACUCUUUACUGCCUGAUAAAAAGCAAUACUCAUUGUAUCGAUCCUUCGGGGGAUGAACCCCACCGACCGACUUGAAUUUGAACGCGUCACCUUCUAACUGUGAGCCGAGUGCUCCACGAACUGAACCACGCAGGCAGAUACAAUCCAGCAGUCAUGUUCACACUACUCAUUGUUGUGCCCGUUAAAUACUGUAUCUUAUUCUGUGAAUCACGACGCAACUUUUUACCCCUGUCAGUUAAAGGGGUGCGUCAUACAAGCGUGUGUGGUAUUGGGGAGUGGAGGCGCAGGGGGUAGUGUGCUGCACUCCGAACCCGGUCACGCGAGUUCGAUUCCCACUCUCGGACGAAAUCAGUGACGAUUAUCUGAACCAGUCAUGGGCCUCCCUGAGGUCGGCUCAGCCUCAAAUGAUUACCUGGUUCGGUGUGUAAACAUCAGCACCAGGGAGACAAAGGCGGCCAUGCGUGGUGCUGGCCACCCACCCCUCGUGUGCUGUACUCGCAAAGACCACUUGUCCCAGCAGCCUGUUAAGACUGUAUGGGGGAUAUUUGUCUGACCAAAUCUGUAUAAAUGUAUUGACACAGCGUAAAAGUUAGGGGUGUCUCUUACUUUCAGGAGCGUCUUAUAAUCAGGAGAAAACAGUACAAUGUCUCUCAGCCUGAGAAUACUUGACAUGUUUCCACGGAAGCUAACAAAACACGCAACCAAUCUGUCGGCAAACGUAACCACAGAGUUUGCCAAUGCUAAUAAGUAUGUGCAGCUUUAAGGCAGGUUUGGCAAUAAAAUAUUUUAAAACAUAUUUUCUAAAAUAAAUAAAUGGUUAUAUACUAUACAUCAGCGCACAUGUGAGUGUGUGUGCGCACA